AUGAACAACCUCCACGUCAAUGUCGACAAUGGCCACGGCCAUGGCGAUGGGCCUCCCCCGCCGUAUUCAGAAACAGACAUCUACUCCAACUCAGGUGGUCCUCGAUCCGCCGCAUCAACCACCUCCCACACCGGCUUCACGCCCCUCGACGAUGCCUCAUCCACCGGAGAAGUUGUCUACACACCUCCAUUGACGCCUCGCACAUCGUCAAAUACACACCUGGAGCCCCAGCAACCUGCGCUGCAGCCUGGCCUCACAUUAUACUUUGCCUCGCGACCCCCGCCGGCCAAUCCUCCCUCAGAGACGCUCACUCACACUCUCCGGAUUGAAAGCACCUCUCUGCCAGAUGACUUGCCGUAUCAGAAUGACUGGGCUGCGAGAGAUGUCACGCCACAGGACUGGGCGACCUUUGUCAACUUUCUCCUGCCGGACCACACGACCAGGGGCAAUGAGGCACUUAUAGAGAGAAGGCUGAGCGUGGAGGGGACGAAUAAUGCCACUUUGACAAGCGGGAGGUUUCGGGCCGAGGCGCAAUUGGAGCAGGCGAGGGAGAAGGCGGAUGCCACACCGAGGAGCAGGUCGGAGAUUGAGGCGACCAUCCAGGAGUGGAACGACGGCUUCUUUGGACCGAGGGGCAUGACUGUGAGGCUCGAUUCAGGGGCAAGGAUGCCUGGUGCUUGGGAGGCGGAGAUUGAAGACCCUGAACAGCAGAGGGCGAACAACUGUUCCAUGUUCGGCAGGCUCUCCAUUGGUGGCAAUGGAAUUCGAUAUGGAGACGCAGUGGUCCUGGACAGCAAUGGCAUCAAGAUCAACGGCCUUGUUCUGAACAGCGAUGGCAUCUCCAUCGGCAAGAAGAGCAGCCAGCCGUCGGGAACAGCAGCGGCGCCGCCGCAACAACGAAACCUUGCAGGGCCAAGCGGACCGACAAGCUCAACUGGCCCAACAGGUCCGUCGUGGACGUUCGGCAGCCGAGCAGGAUGGGAUCGCCAUCGCCACGAUUCCCGUGGUCCCCUCCACGGUGGCCAUGACUGGAACCAUGAUGGGCACCACAAUUGGCACCAUGGAAGCCACGGUUGGCAUGACUGCCGCGAGGCCCAGCACUCCGAGGACCGCGGCAGACGAUGGCAUCCAGACCGCAAGGACAGACACGACCGAUCGCACUCCGCCUCAUCAGAUUCGUCUGACUCCUCUGGCAGUUCGGAGUCGUCAAUCGGCUCGCUCCCUGACUACGACGACAUCGAGGACCACCAGCUUCCACUUUACGCAGAGCGACUCAAGGACUGGACCUCUCGGCCCGAUCAAGUACGCACCAAGAGCGACGUCAUCGCUCUGGAAGCAGAAUUGAAGGCCGUUCCAAUGGCACCUGUAGAUGCGAGCUUUGACAGGAAGGCGCUCAAGGGCCAAAUCAAGGGUCUUCACUCGAGCUGGAAAUCCAUCAAGCGGGCCCAACGACAGGCGCGAAGGGCUUACCGACGGGAACGGCGUAUGCAGCGCAGGGCGGAGAAGAGGGAACAUCGAAGCCAGAGACGUGAAAUGAAACGGGCUCGCAGGGAUCACGGAAGACGUGGAGGACCAUUUCACGCGCCGCCGGUGCCUCCUUUCCCCCCAGCGCAAGCGAUGCUCCCUGUGUUUCCUGCGCCGCCGGCACCUCCAGGUCCUACCGCAGGCCCCAACCCUCCUCCUUGGACUCGUAACUGGCCACGAUGCUGUACCGGCCCGUCUCAAAGAAGUUCAUUCUUCUUCGGCCCUGACGGACCCCUUGGAGAGCGGGGACCGUUUGGCCGGGGAGCAUGGGGCGGCUGGGGCAGGGGCAGAGGCAGAGGCAGAGGGAGCGGCAGCGGUUCGAACAUGCCUGGUGAACCAAGGGGCCCUACAGGUCGCGGCCAUGCGGGCGAAGUACCGGGCUCGUGGCCACAGGCAGAUGAUGAGUCUGACAUGGCAUCGCAGAUUCCUCCACCCGGAACCGUGACCGCCGCGAAAUACAGGGCUGUAGAGGAAGUCGAGGGUGAGAUCACCAAGUUGACUGUCAAGGCGGCGGGGACAAAGGAGCACAGGGGCGCAAUGGAAAAGGAGAUUGAGGCCCUGAAGAAGAAGUUGGAGGCACUCAGGAUGGAGGCGGACGAGGCCUAUGCGAGAGAGUUGGCCGAGUAG